CUCUCUCUCUCUCUCUCUCUCUCUCUCUCUUCAUAAUUUCUUCUCUUCUUCUCCCUCGGUCUUUGAUAAUACCCCAAAACCAUAAAUACAUGUAGAGCAAAAGGAUUUGAUGGUGUUUAUGGGGUCGAUCGUGGAAUCUGGUCACUGGCAUGGCAGAUCUUUUGGGGAUCUGUAUCAUUAAGAGCUGCGAAUUUGUACCAGCUUUCAGGUAGGUUUGUCUAGUUGAAGAUGUCAAAGCACUAAAACACACAGACGAGAGAGCAAGAGGAUUCUUCACAAAGCAGAAAAACGGCAAGCACUUUGGAGAGAGGUCUGCAAUCAAAACGGCACACGUUUCUCAAGAAUCUGGAUCUACAAGGCCAUAAUAACAGCAAUAACAAGGGCUUCCACAGCAUCAACGAUGGCGUUUUGAGAGGCAAAAUGGGUUUGAAGAGUUCCGGUCCGGGAGGAGGGGAGAUUGUGCAGGUGCAAGGCGGUCACAUCGUACGUGCUACCGGACGAAAGGACCGUCACAGCAAGGUCUACACCGCCAAGGGGCCACGCGACCGGCGCGUCCGGCUCUCGGCUCAUACGGCCAUUCAGUUUUACGAUGUUCAAGACCGGUUAGGCUAUGACCGCCCUAGCAAAGCCGUGGAUUGGCUCAUCAAGAAAGCCAAAUCCGCCAUUGACAAGCUUAACGAGUCGCAAGACUUGCCCUCUGACCCUAAUUACCAAAUAGUUGAUGCUAAAGAUGACGACAAUCAGCAAACCGCUCAGUUCUCAUCUUCUUUGGUUGCUCCAAUGGCGAAUCUUGAUCCCGAGGACGCCAUGAAAACGGUCUUCCCCACGAGUAGGACCGACUCCAACAUCAAUUUCCACAGCUACCCUCAUGAUAUAAUCUCAAGAACCACGAACCUAAACCAAGAUUUAGGGUUAUCACUUCAUCCUAGCUUUCUUGGUAACUCAGACCAAGCCGGUUCAUCAGCAGCGGAUCAAGCCCUUUUCGCCACAUUCGAACCCAACAAUUUCCAACGGAUGUCUGGAUGGAACAGCGAAUCGACAUCCGACCAAAGGGGUUUCUUGGUGAAUCCGUCUCAUCACCAAGCCUCGGUUGCGACCAUGCUUAAUCCC